UCAAAAAAUACCUAAAAAUAAUUUAAUUUGAAAAGCUGCUUAAUUCAUCCUUUAUUUUAUGUAAUUUAAUGAUCUUCGUAAUUCUUAUCGUUCAACAAGGGAAAUAUGUUUUAAAAAUAUUACUGAAAUCGUUCUCUAGAAUGGAACCAGAUUCAACAACCUAUGAUGCUUCAAAUUCAUCAAAAGAUGUUUCUUUUCCGUUUUGUGUGGGACAAUGCAAUCUCUCACUAUACAAAGACUUUGUCAGUGGAGAAAAGAACACAGAGUUACAAUUAAUUGAGCGGUUACAAGCAUUUGGAUUACUUCCAAAAACCAUACAGUGUCUGGAAAACAAACCAACAUGUAAAGUUAUGUAUAAAUCUGCGAGGGUUGUGGACAGAGUGCAAUGGAUAUGCGAGGGAUGCAAGAAGAAGCAGCCAAUCAGAAUAGGGUCUUUCUUCUACAGGCUACAGUGUUCUAUAGUGCAGGCUCUGCAGAUGACACUCGCUUGGUGUGAAGACGCAGAUGUGCAUGUGGCAGCUGAGUUUUUUGACGUGAAACCACGCGUCGCAGUAGCAAUAUAUGACAAGUUAGAUGAGCUUGCGGCAUCAGAGUUAACCAGCGCCAAGCUGGGUGGUGAAGAUGCAGUGGUGUUAUCGGAGAUGUACCCAGAUUGCUUGAAUAGACUGUCUCCAGAUACUACUGACCAGGCACACGUACAUCAGAUAUUAAUGAUGGCGGAUACUAAGCACAUACCAACGCAUUAUAGGCUCCAUGUUAUGAAGAAUCACUUGAAGAAAAUAACAAACAGUGGCAAUGAAGAGUGUCUUCCAGAAGAAAUAGAAAGUACAUUAUCAAGAGUGACGGAUAAUAAUUCAUUAUUAGUGAGUGGAAAUAACAUACCAUUAGUUGAUAGUACAGUCUCUAUUGCGCAGUUGAUUCAGCAUUGUGAUGUGGAGAUGCAGCAUUUUUUGAGCAGUCGCAUAUGGAGUCAGGCGAUAACUCUGUGCAAUGCCUCCCGUGACCUCUGUAAUUCAGGUCCAUCAUUACACUGUGCUACCACUGUACAAAGAUACUUGGAUACUUCUUUAUAUCGACUGCAGUAUGGCGACGGUUUCUACGAACACAUGUUGAAAAUAAUUGCCAAUAGAUUCACGGAUAAGUAUGAGAUUUGUAAAGAGGAGUGAAGUUGAGAAGUGCAGAAAUAAACCCUAAUGUUAAUGGGGUAAGGUUGAUAUUACGUACUGUAGUUUUGUCUAUAUAAUUAUGCAGUUUGUUAAACAUGUUUCAUCAUCUGUAAGGGAAAAAUUGUACCAGGAUCAAUUUGAUCAGAGUUUUCAUAACUUAGAUAAUUAUUUCUGAAGAUUUAGACCCAUUGUCUGUGAUAAAGCUAGCUGCCUUGAACACAAGUUGAAAAUUGUAUGUAGGUUUAUAAAAAAAAAAGAUAUUUUUAUAGGUUGUUAGUGACUUUCAAUCUGAUUGUCAAUAUUAUUGAUUACCUAAGAUUGAUAUUUAGAGAUAUUGUUUAAGUUUAUUAGAGUUAGUUAAUCCAAUAAAUGUUAAUGGUAUUCGCGCAAUUUUAUGCUUUAAUGUGAAUGGGGUAAGGUUGAUAUUGUCUUAAUACAUUGUUAAUUACAGUAUAAGUUUUUGGUACAAUGAUAAUAUAAUCCUACAAAAGAAAAAUAUUCUUUUAUCACAAUAUUUUAAUAAUUUAAUUUAGGUAGAUAGUUAUUCUGUUUACUGUUAAGGUCCUAUGUGAUAAAAAAUAUGUAUUUUAUAUAUUACAUACACUUUUUUUUCAUCGACAAUAACAAAAUCAACCUUACCUUUUAAAAUCGCAUAACUUUGUAUUAUUUUAGUGAUAUGGGGUUUGUAUUCUCAUUAUGAGACUGAAACACGUUGUAACUUUAAUUAUUUAUUGCCACAUUCACACUUAUAAAUUAGAACAUGAUUCACAGAGAAAAAUGAUUAUAGUGAAACAAGGUUAAAACAACAGUGAAAAUAAACCGUCCUUUUUAAACUCCAGACGUUACAGACGUCAGAGAUAAUGUUGCUACUAUGGAAAACAUAUAAAUAAGAAACGCCACACCACCCCCCUACGAAGAAAAUAAAAGUAUACAGAUAAAAACAUUACAAAAUAAUAUAUGAUAUGUGGCGUCGUAAGGGCUUCUGCGUUCUUCUGCUUGUAUAACAAGUUCCCCCGGUAAACGGAGAGAUUCGCCAUAAACAAGUUCUGCGGAAGAAACAUUUAGGUCCUCUUUGAGCGCGGACCUCAUGCCUAGGAGUACCACCGGUAAUGCCUUACUCCAUGUUUGAGCAUGGCACAUAAGCGCACUCUUCAGUUGUCUGUGCAUUCUUUCCACCAUUCCUUAGAAUAUGAAUAUGAGAGGGGACCAAUUAUAUCAAUAUGAAUACUGCGGAAUCUGCCAGAUGGGUUUUUAAAAGGUACCAAGGGUGAGUGAAUAUGUCUCGUCACCUUAGAUCGCUGGCAUUUUAAACAGGUUUGAUGCGGCAAUCCCUAUUAAUGUGCGGCACUACAUACCGCUCUGUUACAAAACGUGUGGUAACUUUGAUACCCGGAUGGCUGAGAUUAUGCAACCGAUCGAAAGUAGGUUUUCUGAACGGUAAAGUAAGAUACGGUCGAAGACGACCUGUUGAUGUAUCGCAUAAUACGGAAAUAUUAGUUCCAAGGACUAUAAUCUUUUUUAGUUUUAAGGAGGAGGAUGUCAGUUGAAAGAAUUGCCUUCAACUCCUCAUCACCUUCUUGUGAAGCAGCUAAUGUUUGGUAAGCAUCCUCUAAGGAAAUAGUCUCUAUUCGAGACAUGGCGUCUGCGACUACAUUAUCUGCGCUCUUUAAACAAAUAGAUAUUCCAACUUGAUUUAUUUAUUACACAAAAUUAAGGAUAUCUAUAGGUAUUCAGGAUUAUCAUUUAAGAGCUGCAUUAUCAUCGACUUGCAUACCUACUUAGGUAAGUUUUCAGUAGGACAGGAACACUUUUAUAAUGUUCUAAAUCUGGCAAGUUUCUCCAAUCCGCUCCGAAGUGUUUUUCAAGUAACUUUGCAACAUCAUGCAAUAUUUCCCUUUUGGGCUGUUCCUGUACCAACUCAAGACGUUUUUUGGUGUCUGAAACAUAACGAUUGUAGGAGUCCCUUUUUAAAAGUAUUUCUGGCAAAACAGUUUAUACUUUAAACUUUUUUUUACCGCAGCGAAAAUACUAUAUUUUCUCUUCUUCUCAUUAUAAUAUGAACUGUAUGGCUUAGGUUGGUGUAUGUUGGUUCUCGGUUUGUAAUUAUUUGAUUUUGUUGCUUGGUGAAUGUUUGCUUGGUCAGGACACUUUCUCGGGUCUCAGCUGUAGACGUCUCAAUUGCCUUCGCAAUCUUAAUUAAGUCAUCGACCUUAGUACAUGAGAUUUCUUGUAAUAAUCUCUCUUUGAUUUCUGCAUUCCGAAGAUCUCUUAUGUAUUGCACUCGCAGAUGAGUUUCGAAUGUACUGUGUUGACAGCUUG